GAAGAAGAAGAGCUGGCGGGCAAUAGGAUGUAAACAGGAAGAAGAAGAACUGGACCAAAACAUGAAAACAUCUCUGGUUCUGUUUAGGUUUUAUGUUUUUACGGGUUUAGAAAAAGGGAUGAAAGGAAUCAUGCUGGAGGUUGAUCCAUAAAACCGGAACCGGAAAAGGGUCCAAAUUCAAGUCCUGGUUCUGACCUUUGACCCCGGGCGGAGAUGGCGGGCCGUGGGCGCGGCCGCCGGACUUUUGGUUUCAUGGCGGACUCGGUGGGGGUCAGCAGAGGAGAUGCUUUAUCUGCGGCUGUGCAGCAGCCCACACCUGUGUUCCCUGAGACAGACUACAUCAUGUCGUACUUCGAUAACGGCGAGGACUUUGGAGGAGACAGCGACGACAACAUGGACGAGGCCAUCUACUAGAACGCUGCUGCUCCGGGGUUCUGGUUCUGGUUCUGGUUCUGGUUCGACCGGCGCUGGGUUUAGUUUUUAUCUGAGUGAUCUUAAUGUUUUGUAACAGGAAUGUUUUUAUUGUUUUCAGCUGUAAAAAAAUAAAAAUAAACAUGUUCUGAGGGGUUCUGACUCA